AUGUUUCAAGGGCAGCGGGGUUGGUUCUGCGGCAGCGUCAGCCAUGACCUGAGGCAGUUCUGGGUGGCCGAAGGGGGGACGAUCAGUGACCCGAGGGCCGCCGACUUCCUGUUCAGCUGUGAUGCCUCCCACCCAGACACGCUGAGAAUAUAUCAGAGCCUUGAUUACAUAGAAGAUAAUGCCACAAUUUUUCAUGCCUACUAUCUCUCUGCAGUCGCUAACGCUGAAAUAAAGAACUCGGUGGCUUUAGGUCAUUUCAUUCUUCCUCCUGCGUGCCUGCAAAAAGAAAUAAGAAGAAAAAUUGGUAGUUUUAUUUGGGAACAAGACCAGCAUUUUCUAAUAGAAAAGCAUGAUGAAGUAACACCAAAUGAAAUAAAGUCCCUUGGAGAAAGCAGUAAACUAGCAACAGAUCACGAAAAAGAAUUAUCCAAAAGCACAGAAAAACGUUUUAUAAGGACUCCAGUUGUAGAAAAGCAGAUGUACUUCCCUCUUCAGAAUUAUCCAGUGAACAACAUGGUAACAGGUUAUAUAUCAAUUGAUGCCAUGAAGAAAUUCCUUGGGGAGCUACAUGACUUCAUUCCUGGAAGCUCAGGAUAUUUGGCAUACCAUGUUCAAAAUGAAAUUAACAUGUCUGCUAUAAAAAACAAGUUGAAGAGAAAAUAUUAA